AUGGACGUGUUGCACAGGGAGCUGCUGCUGGAUGGGGUGGAGGUGACAGCGGCGGUAAGGCCUGGCAGCCUCUCGAAAGCCAACACGCUCUUCGCCGACAAGGCUUUCAUGCCGGAAGGGCUGUCGAGCAAGCUCGAGGUGGUCGGGGUGGACCCAGAGAGUGAGUUCGAGCUGAGCAAGGCCAUGGACAAGAGCCAGUCUGUCGUCUGUGCCCUGGGAGCAUCGGAAUCGGAACCUUUCAACGUCAAGGGGCCUUACCAGGUGGAUGGGAAGCUGUCCCAGAAGCUUGUGCUCGCGGCGAAGGAGACUCCCUCUGUGAAGCACUUCGUCCUCGUUACGGCUCUCGGAACGGGGAAGUUCGGGUGGCCGGCGUCCGCGCUCAACCUGUUCUGGGGCAUCUUGUCGUGGAAGAGAAAGACGGAAAAGGCGCUUAUCGACAGCGGGAUACCCUACACUAUUCUCAGACCCGGCGGAAUGGAGAAGCCCGGGGACGACUUCGAGCAGACCCACAACGUGAGGGUGGCCUCCAAGGACACCUUGUUCGGAGGGGUCGUGUCCAGGCUGCAGGUCGCCAAGCUAGCGGCGGCGGCUGUGGUGGCGCCGGAUAGCAGCACCAACAAGGUGAUGGAGGUUGUGGCGGAGGAUCUUGCCCCCAAGAAGACCUACACCGAACUUGUUGACAACGCCAGGGAUGACCAGCCGGACGAAACUUGGAAGAACAAGCUUAGCCCCGACCAGUACUACGUUCUCAGGAUGGGCGGCACGGAACCGUCGUUCACGUCCCCGCUGAACAAGGAGAAGAGGGAGGGAGUUUUCGUUUGCGCAGGUUGCGGGCAGGAGCUGUACGAUUCCAGCACCAAGUACAACAGCGGCACUGGAUGGCCUUCGUUCUUUGCGCCCGUUUCGGAGGAAGCCGUUCGGGUCGUUCGAGAGGGAGGUCUCUUCCCCAGGAGAGAAGUGCGGUGUUCGAACUGCGACGGGCACUUGGGGCACGUGUUCCCAGACGGACCCAAGCCCACGGGGCUACGCUACUGCAUGAACGGCGUUGCGAUGGGGUUCGAGCCGAAGGAAGACAUGGCCGAAAAGGAAACCGCAUAGACUAAAGCAGUUUCUUGCGGUAGAAGCCGAGGCCUGAUGCGUUUGAUGGAAGGCGUUGUUGUACAGGGAAGAAAACACAUCUGCUGUAGCAAUAAGCGAACCAGUGGCGUUGCGUCCGCCUGUCGAAGACCUUCUGCUUGUUUUGUUGUCAGCAAGUUACCGUGGAAGAAGCGUUUCAGUUGUUUUGUUUUUAGAAUACCUUGGGUUGUGGAUUCCAUGUUCGUUCGUGUUUUCCUUCAUUGUUUGAUGCGGGAUUGCCACAAACCCCUCGAUCGUUGAGAGAGACAGAGCAGUGGUAUUGGCGGGGUCAGGUCACACAUACGUCCGUAUGUAUCACGCAUCAUGCAUG